AUGCGGAGAGACCGAUGGCUACCAUUCAAGGAGUGGGGUCACAUUCUAGAAUCUGGUAAACACCCCAGUACGAAGAGUAGUAAACUUUGGCGCCUGACUGAUGGCCAAUCACUUGCUUGUGCGUGGUUUCUUGACAACGGCACCCACGAUGUGCUGCUCAGUGAUAACUUUCUUUGUAGGAUAAGAGCCGCUGCACUCGCCGUGCUGCAGAUCAUCCACAUUCUUCAUGGCAGGCGUAUCAGCUUUGAAGUCGAGGGCACGCCCAAUGAGCGGCUCACAUGCAAGAUCAGCAUCUUUGCCCACAGUUUCACCAACCACUGCCUUAAUGUACGCCUCAGGAUUUGGCGCCUUAUUUCUAAUUACCUGUGCAUCCGCAUCCUCAAGCUGUGCUGCAGUAUGGCUGAUAAGCUUUUCACCGUCUUGCCCAUAGACAGCAGCUGCAAUGGUUCCAGUUGCAUCUUCAAUGGUUAUUGGGAUCCUAGCCCUGCAAUAAAUAGGGUAUGGGAAGUUGCAAUACCUCGCCACUAUCUGGCUGUCCCUGUUGCAAGAGCUGCACCUUAUUUCAGAGGUGACGGGCAGGUCGAACUUUUUCAAGCAAAGCAUGCAUGCGCCAAACCACAAUGGCUGUUGGUUGAGAAGUGUGGCAAUGGUCUUGAUGUCCUCAUCCCUUGGUGGCGGCAGCAAAAUUUCAGUGUCUUUGUAUGCUUCACUUGCAAUGAGGUCCGACACAAUUGGUUUGUUUUGCAAAGCGGUCCAAUGGGUGCUAUAUUACAGGUAUAUUUUCGAAUUACCCACCACUGUUUUAGAGUGGCAGUAUCGGGGGUCGGUGGAUUGAUCAGAAUAGAACUGGCUGCUCUAGUGGACAACGAAAGGCCAUGGAACGUCGUCACCUUGACUCGCAUAGCCACAACAACAUUUCCCGCGUUAAUGGUUUGA